AUGUUAUGUGUAAUUAAUGAUAUUAAUAUACUUGAAAAUUCAACUAGAUUCAUCAUUAACCAUUUAAAGGAUGAACCAAACUAUAACUAUUAUAAUGAUCCUCAGCAAAAGCAACAAUUUGAUCAUGGUUGGAAUCAAUUGAUUCAAAAGCAACAAGAUUACAAUGGUCCAGAUGAUUUAUUAAAGCGUAAUAGAGAAAGAUUGACUUACCUCCUUAAUAACUUCCAUAUUAUAACUCCUGAAAAUCCAUAUCCAAAAUUUGAUGAAGAAUAUAUUUUUGAUGAACAUUAUCCAAGAGAUCUUUUUGCAGCAACUCAAGAUAUAUAUUUUAAUAUUUCAAGUUUGACUAGGACAAUUCUAAAGGAAGGAAAUGAAGAAUAUAUCCCUAGUUCGAAAGAUUUUAUCGUUGACUUGGUCAGAAAAUUAUCAAGCUUAUCAUGGUUUUUCUCAGUUCCUAUGCCGCAAAGAGGAAAAGUGGAGGAUUUUGAUUCCAAAGAUGAACAUCAUUUUAAAUACGAUAAUUCAUUCGUAACAAGAGAUGAUGAUUCUCAAUCAAAAGGUUUGCCAUGUUAUAUGGAUGGUGGUCAACCUGUAUUUGAAACUCGUUUUAGAUAUGUUGACAAAUCAAAUUUUCAAGACAUGAUAUCUUCUGAAAUAGAUUUGCAUCAAUUUAAGAUUGAUAAAUUGUAUUUAAUGGACUCAGAAUGUAUUGGAUAUUAUAAAGGCAUUACCCAUAAUAAAUCAAUCUAUUUUGAGCAAUGCCUUGUACAACCAGUUCAGAAAUUAUUAAAGGGACUAUUUCAAGAAGUUGUAUUGGAGAAAAAUUAUGAUAGAGUAGAGACCAUUAUUCCAACCUGUUCUCUUCUGAUUAACAAACUAGGAAGUGAAUUCUCAAUACCAAUUGAAUUUAAAGUAAGAGGUAUUUGUGACUUAAUUGAAAAACUGAAGGAUGAUUGUAAUAACCAUGACUUCAAUCGAUUCUUAAAUCAAAUUGUGUAUCAAACUGUAUAUUAUCAAUCUGAAGUAGGUCUUGCUAUUGAUUUCGAUUGUUUAUUUGGUAUCGAUCUUGAACUAAAACCAGAACGCGUUAAAAUGGGAAAUCGCAAUGCAAUUAAAUUCCAGCCUAUAUUAAAUUGUUUUAAGCAAUCUUCAUCAGAAUAUAGCAUAUCAUUUUUAUUAUUAUAUUUAACUACUGAAUAUUUCAAAACCAUUACUAGUGAGCACUUGCAGCCAAUUAAGGAAAUGAGUGACUCUUGGGAUUUUGAGUAUUAUUAUGAUGAGUGGUUAUAA